UCUCUUUUUUCAAUACUCAAAAUAAUGAAACUGGAUUUUCAUGCACUUCUGAUGAUAAUUUCCAUUCAAGCAGCUUCAUGAAAGACUUGGAUUUACCUCCAGGAAGAAUGAGCAUGUUGUCAGCAAAAGAGAGCAACGAAGGUGAUGUAGAAAGCGUGAAAGAUGCCGUAGAAGAAACUAUUUUUUAUUUCUCUUCAUCUUCGAUCAAACUAAAUUAUAAUAAGAAGAAUGUGGGAUUCAGAGUCAGACCUAAGCUGGCCUCUGCGCACACAGUCCUAUCGUCGAAGCUAGAAGAGCCAACAGAAAUGCAGACACUUGAACCAGAGCCUCCCGAACAUGUUUGUGUGGAUCCCCUACCAAUGCCUGCUGAAGAAAUGACCAUGGACAAGGAUAUGGAGGAAAAGAGAGUGAAAGAGAGAGUGAUGGCAGGUAAACCUUAUGUCAAAGAGGGUUUGAGGAUGGAGCUUAAUACAGCAACUAGAAAGAGCCUAUGGAGGGGUAAGUUUGAACUCAAGGAAAGAUUGAAGGAAGGAAUGCAGGAGAGGCUGGGCAGAAGUCUGGAGAGUAUCGAUGAGGGGAACGAGAGAGAGUUGAGUGAGAAUCAAAGGCAAAGGAGGAUAAGUUGGGUUUCAAAACAAAGAGACGCACAAACAUUGGGGGCAUCAACGGAUGGAGAGAAUUCUAUGGACAGAAGUAUUGAGAAAGAGGAUAAGAUAGACGAUAGGGAAAUGAAAGACUGUGUUCCACAUCCUUUCCUCUCUCGGGUUCUCCUACAUUCCUCGGCUUCAUCCUCAUCCUCCUUCAACUCCUCAGCAGAGAGCGAUGAUGUAUUUAGUGAGGGGGAGGAUAAUACAGCUGCCAGGAGGAAGACAAUGAGGAGGUGUCAAUCUUGGAGAACAUUUUUGACCAUAAUGCAGUGGUCAAAGUGCACACCGAGAUCAUGGAUCCAACUGGCUGGUCACCAAGGUAAUGUCAAGCUGAGCAAGGGUGGGGAGGUGCUCAAGAGGUUUUGUGACGUGGAAGACCACUGUCUGCAGGCCCUCAUGUCUGACACUCUCUGUCAGUUUGUGCCUCAUUAUUUUGGGCACAUCAGUCAGGAUGGAGAGCAAUACAUCCGUCUAGAAGAUCUGCUGAGUGGCCUCAAACAUCCUGUUAUAAUGGACUGCAAAAUGGGUGUCCGGACUUACCAAGAGGAGGAGAUCAUUAAAGCCAGGAACAAUGUCAGUGUGCGGACUGAUAUGUAUCAGAAGAUGCUGAAAGCUGAUCCAGCAGCUCCCACUGCGAAAGAACAUGCUCAGAGAGGUGUGACAAAGCUGCGUUACCUGCAGUGGAGGGAUGACAGCAGUACUACCUCUACACUGGGCUUCCGCAUCGAGGGCAUAGUGAUGGGGAAUGGGAAAGUAUUACGGAACUUCUACAAGACACACACAGAAGCCCAAGUGACAGAAACACUGUUAUCCUUCACCAGGAGUCAGGUUCACGUUCUUAAGGCCUACAAAUCCAGAUUACAGGCUCUGAAUGAAACGCUAAAGCAGUCAAUGUUUUUCAGCAAGCAUGAGAUCAUAGGAAGCUCUCUGCUUUUUGUCCAUGACUCCAGCAGCAAAGCAAACAUAUGGAUGAUAGAUUUUGGGAAAACCAUCCCGACCCCAGAGGAUGUCCAUCUGAGGCAUGAUCUUCCAUGGGUGGAGGGAAACAGGGAGGAUGGGUACCUCAUCGGUUUGAACUCCCUAAUCUCUCUGCUGGGGGAAGCUAUCAGACAAGCAGAGGAGCAAAGUCAAGAGCAACCACUUUGAGACUGAGCUCACAGAGACUGUAAAAAGUAACAUUUAAAUCAAUGAGUUCACAUCAGAUCCAGCUAUAGACUCCAUAGAAACAGCCUGUUUAAAAAAAAAAAAAGCCUUACAAGUAUGUUAAAAUUAAACAAUCUUUAGAUACCUGAAAAGGUUGGAGGACUGGAUCCUCAAUUCUUUGUUCUGGAGUUAUCCCUUUAUGGAACAGUUCACAACUGUGAAUGACUCCCUUUCGUCUGUGGAACACACAAGAAGGGAUUUAAAGGACAUCCUGUUUGUGGCUGACUUUAAAGCUUAAAGCACCCAAAGUAUCAUGAAAGUAGUCCAUGAGACUUGUGCAUCACAUUCUAGUCUUAAGGCGUAUGAUAGCUUUUGGUGAGAAAUGUGUCUUUCACUGCAAAAAAAGAUUUUUGUCUUAUUUUCAGAACAUCUAACGUCCUCAAAACAAUACACACACAAAAAAAAAAAAGAUUUGAGAAGCAGAAUGGGUUUAAGAUAUUAAGUCUUGUUUUCGCAGAAAUAUUUAAAAAAAAAAGAAUUCUGGGAUUCACUUUUUAAUAAAUGUUUAUUUCUUCCCCCAUGGACAAAGUUUUUUUUUUCUUGUUAUAAGCAUAUACUUUACAAUUUUUUUUUUUUUUUUAAGAUUUCUCUGAAGACAAGAUAUAAAUUCUGUCUUGUGUCAUUUAGCUUUUCUUUUAAAUGUAUCUUUAAGAAUGUUUAGAUCUGGAAAACAAGACAAAAAUACUCCGUAAGAAAAUAAAUUUUUGCAGUUUGUACUGUGAAAAUCUGGAAGCUUAUUCGCGUGAGAGCGCUGUUUUUGCUUUCGCGAGAUUUAACUGCGAGCCAUUGUGAACAAGCUUCUGUCAUACACUCACGAACGCUUAAAGGGGUCAUGAAAUGCCCUUUUUAAUAGUUUUAUUAUCUUCCCUGAGGUCCACUGAUAAUGUUGGUAAUUUUUUUUUUUUUUUUUUUUUUGCAUUAAAACAGUCAUAAUUUAUUAAUAUAUGAUCAUUUUCUACCCUAUCUCUGGCCCUCUGUCUGAAACGCUUGGUUUUGGCAUAAACACCUCCUUAAAACUUCAACGUAAACGCCCACUGUUCUAAUUGGCUAAUAUUGUGCAGCCUCUUAAAUUCAGCCAUAUUUGAAACUCAAGUAUGAACAAGCUCCACAACAUUAUAAAACUAAAUUUCAGGGGUUAUACGCACAUCAAACAAAUUGCAUAUGAAUAUAUUAAACUGUUCUUUUCAAGCACAGCUGUUAACAAUCGCACCCUGUCUACACCGGACGCUAGAGUUGCGUUGCAUCGUGUCAAAAUCAAUAGAACUCGUUAUAAUCAAUGAUGCUAUGUAGUGUGUACCAUGGAAACAUCCGUUGUGGCACGUCUCAUUUUGCACUGCACGUGCUGACGCUACUACUGCCAACAACAAAUAAACGGUUUAGAAAGUUUGUGUCGACGUGGCCGGUGUAGACAGCCUCAAGCCGUUGUGUCGCGUCAGCGGAUGCGCCCGGUGUAAAUAGGAUGCACCAUAAACUAUCAAUCAGUCAUGACUGAAUGGAAUAUUCAAAUAUUCAUGAAUGGAAUUGUUUACUUACUGUUUUGCAUCAGGUCCAAGUGUUUUUAACUUGACACCAUGUCUUAUAAAAGCACCCGAAAUAUGUAUCAAGCGGACAAAGACAUCUGUCUACAAAAAUAAUUUAAAAUAGUCCAGAUGAGUCCCAUUUGGUGUUCAGGAAUAACAAUUAGGCCACAGUAGGCCUUGUUUGUCCUUCUCUCUCAGUUUACAAACUGAAGCACCAGUGGGCAGGGCCAAGAGUGCACUGAUGUAAAAGUAGGCAUUGAUGUUUUUGAGUUGUAGAGGUGUUCAUGACUUAAUGAGCCCCCAAAUGACGUUUGGAAGAUGCAGAAGUAGAGAACGAGGCAUUUUUGCAGCUUGGUUUCAAUAAAUGCUUUUAUUGCCUUUGGGAUUAAGUUUUGAGCUCUGAAAUUUACAGUAUGUUUUUAUAGUAAAAAGACCUCUUAUAUGUCAAAAUUUCAAGGAAAAUUUGAUUCCUCGUGACAUGACCUCUUUAAAGGAGAGCCAUAUAUAGCCAUAUAUAAAUAUCAGAGUUCACCGGACUUGAACUUUGGUAUGCAGAAUACAACAUUUCUUCGUUUUUGAUGUCCCGUGUUCAGAUGCGUAUGAAUGGAAGUGAAUGGAGUGCAAAGUCUAGUGUGGCGGAGGAGGGUACCGUUUCUGUAGUGAAUGAUAGGUCUUAUUAAUUUUUCUAAAUGCAGCUUUUCCCGUUUAGCCGUUUCGGUAUCAUACAUUUACAUAUAACAGUAACCAUUUUGAUGCAUGUUGUUCAUUUUUUUACACAGAGAAAAUAGCAUAUAUUUGACCAAAAUACAUACAAUUUUGACCAAGCUAACUAACAUGUACCUGUAUUAUGGUGUCAAAAUAAAAGUUCCCCAAGAAAUGUGCAAAAAUGAACCUGGCGUUCUCAAUGAUUCCUUCUCUCUUUGACAACAAAGCACUUGAAUGUGAUGCACUCGUAAUUAAGACUCCUGAAGUGGGAAGUUGAAUAAUUUCUACAGCAUAAUAAGCUGAUGUGUUGAAUCAGGUGUUGGAUAGAUUGGGGAUCCUACAAGACCAGGAUUGGAAAAAAUGUCUCUUGUCCAGACCAUUAAGGUGAAGCACUUAACAGUAUUAAUAAGACACUAAAUUAUUUGUGUUGCUAUGGCUGGGGCAAAUGUUCUUGUGAAAUGUACAUAAGUGCAUUGUUUGUUUUUGUGUUGUUGCUGUUGUUGUUUUACUUAAAAUAUUUGUUUAUUACAUUUUUGAUAUGAUACAAGAACUUGCACUAUUUGUGUAAUCCUCCUAUUUAAGUUCCCAACUAAUGGCCCUGCUUUUACUGAUCUCAUGUGGAUUCCAUUCAUAGAAUGGAAUACAAGAGACUGCAUGAAAAUUAUAGACAAACUAUAGUUUUGUAAUUGUCUAUUUAUUUUACGUCUCAUCAGUCAAAUCAUUUGUUUUAAGUUUUAUAAGGAGUUUAUUAGGCUAAUAUCCUAAUAUACUACGGUAUAUGGAAGUCCCUGGCUGAGUUCAAAAUGGCAUACUACACAUACUACUCUUACUACUUCUGCCAUGUCUGUCUAUGGCAGAAAUAGUAAGAGUAGUGUGGUAGUAUGCCAUUCCAAACUCUGCCCCUGUAUGGGCACUAAGGUAGGCAUGAUGUCAUAACUUUCUUUUUGUAUAAGACCAAAAAAAUAAAUAAAUAAAUAAAAUA